AUGCAACAGGAGCAAAAGAAACAAGGUGAAAUCUAUAGACGGUUGGAACAACGCCAACUCUGUGAACCAGGCGAGCCAGCUGAAGACAUCGAAGAGCCAAUAUUCGUUUUGCCAUGCAAUACAAUAGACGACUUGCAACACCUGGACAGCCAACUGAAAACUGAUCACACCAGAAGAAAAAUGGUACGAAAUCUGAGCUUACUGGGCGGUGUUAUCCUGAAGUCUGUAGUCUACAGAAUGAUGCAUGAAAUUGUGACACACCAGCUGAGCAUGACGAUGAAUCUAUCGGGGGUGAAGGGCAAGCAGCCCUUAAAUAUUUACACAGAGAUCAUGCGGGCAAUUCACAAAGCGGUACGUAAAAAUGGCAAUUUCCACAACACGACAGAAAAGGAAGUUGAUACCUCUUUGGGAAGGUGGUUAAGCGGAGCCAAGGAUAUAGGCGCGGGGCCGCAAUGAGAGACGACAGCGUCAAACUUGUAACGAACAAUCGGAUUAAAGCCAUAAUUACGAGAAUUCUCCAGUGUUCGUAUUCACCACUUUCAUGAUACCUACCGUUAUUGCUUGAGUAACAGAAAUUGUCUAGAGUAACGAUAAAAUGUCUUAAAACCUUCGUGUUCACCAAAACAUGCAUUGUAUAAUUUUUCGCAUUGAUUGUUUCUGAGCAAGAAUCUCGUAAUACAUGCUUUAAAACUUUUUUUGGUGAAUACGAAAGUUCUAAGACAUUUUAUUGUUACUCUAGACAAUUGCUGUUACUCAAGCAAUAACG